CAUGCUAACCUUCACGUGACGUAAUUUUGGACGUGUGUUCUGUUCUCGUCUGAAAUUAUACGAUUUACGACAAGAUACACGACAAAAUUCAUUCGGCUCUCUAAAACAAACAGAGUCGAAUGAAUGGUAGCAACAUCAAGUAUUCAUGGUGCUAGAAUCGAAUCGAUGGCAGUGAUAAGAUAAGAAGAAAAAUCGUAUUCGACGGGGAUUGUCCAUCAAGGGAAUGUUCAGUCGAUUUUAAUCAUUGCAUGUUGUUGAUUUACAAUUUGACGAUUAAUUAUCCUAAAGAAAAGAAAUUACGAUGCUGUCGACGAAGAAUAAGCUACUGCUGUGCCUGGUGUUGGACAACGUGGGCUUCACCAUGAUGAUUGUAUUGUUUUUUCCUUACAUUAACGGCAUCGGCGGAUCUCAGCUCUAUCAGGGAUCUAUAAUGUCGGUAAUGUCGUUCAUCGGACUGAUUUGGAACCCUAUGAUUGGCAGUUUAGGCGACAGCUACGGCAGAAAGAUCAUCCUCCGAAGAAUGACCAUGAUUAGUGCCAUUUCGAACGCCAUGCUCCUCGUGAGCGAUUCACUCGCUUGGAUUUUCGUGGCCAGGGUCAUGUCAGCCUUUGGGGGACCGUUGAUACCUGUUUUGGCAACUGCCGCUAGCGAAUUUCUGAGCAAGGAAGAGCAAUCGUCUUAUUUCGGAAAACUACCCGCUGUCAUGGCCAUAGCCUUCAUAGGAGGAUCACUGGUUGGUGGAUUCAUAAGCGAAUUACCGAACGGUUUCACCUUAUGUUUUCUACUGAUGGUUGUAUCCAAUGUGACGAAUAUAGGCGUGGUCUCGACCCUGCCCGACACCACCAGACCGCAAAAGAAAGAAGAAGAAUCCCUCUCGAUCCUCAAGAUCGCCGACAGGGAGGUGAAGAACAUCGUGGUCAAGCUGAAAAACGUCAAAUGGGCCGAAUACUCGGACAUCUUCUCCGUCAAGCUCAGCUUCGAGCUCGGCUGCUCCCUCUUCAUCCGCUCCAUCGGGCCGACCUUCGUAGAGUACGGAGUGCAGCGUAGGUCCAUGGGUUACGUGUUCACCCUCCUCAGCGUGUGCACCAUAGUCGCGAACAUAGUGGUGGAGAGCCUCAAGAAAACCGUAUACGCCGGGGACAGUCUGGGAGGAAAGAGGUUGUUCCACGCGGCCGCGCUCUACGUGACCACCGCUCUGAUGAUGAGCUUCUCGGACAGCCUGUAUUUCUUCACAGCCGGACUUAUACCGAUGGCGGUAGCCAACACCAUCUCCGGCAGCACCUUCACGGAGGCCCUGAUGGCGAAGGCGUCGGACGCGGACAGGGGCGGGGUGAACGGGGCGUUCGAGAGCAUCACCUCUUUGUGCGGGCUCGCCACGCCACUGGCAGCCGGAUUCCUGUCGGAUUGGUACGGUAACAAAUUCGUGUUGCAGAUGGCGUUGUUGCCCAGCUCCCUGGGACUUUGGCUCACUUACAAAAGAUUAUAAAAAUGCCUGUGAUAAAUAAAGUAUUUUUUAGUUUUGUUACGUA